AUGACGCGAAGGCCGUCACUAGGGCCAAGUAUCAAUGAUAUGAACUACUAUUGCACAGUCCCCUUCAUUUUGCUUCUGCAAAACCUUUUAGUAAUUAGCCAACUCUGGUGUCGUGAUGACAAUAAUCAAACCGUUGAUUGGCACAUAGCUUACAAAUUUCCCAAUAGUUUCUCAUACGCCUCUCUAUCUCCUGAUUACGCAGAGUGGCGUCUAUCAAGUGCCGAUCUAAGAAAGAAUGGGUUCUUGAAGCGUACUUUUGACCAGGUCUACAAUAGCCCAGACGCUGGUCUUGUCUAUGGCAUGUACAACGAUGAGACACCUCCUAAUCUCACACUCGCUUAUGACUUAUGGUAUGGCCAUAUGAAAGGGCUGUUUGCAUUUACCGAAAACAGACGGGGGUUUUGGCUAACUCAUAGUGUACCUAAGCUUCCGAUGAAAUCGGGGGAAUUCGUCUACCCAGAAACUAGUAAAAACUACGCGCAGCAUUUUUUCUGUGUUUCCUUGAAUUAUUCGGCUCUAAAAACGAUUGCUGAUCAUCUGAUCAUAAGCAGACCUCUGAUACAAAGCUACAAGUUGCCUGAAUCUGUUGAAAAGUCUAUUCCACUGUUGGGGGAUAUUUUCCAUCAUAACGGUUUAAAGAAUAUCAGUCAAACCCUCAUCACGAGUCUCAGUGGAACACAAAGUAACCUCACCCUGCGUCAGUUCACAAAAUCGCCUAAAUUUCAUCACGACCUAUAUUCUGAAACAAUUGCUCCAAACUUGAAAGUCCAGCUUUAUACUGAGACGUGGCGGCACACGGAUUCAAAUCUCCCCUCUAACUGCACUACUGAAUUUUGGGUAAAAAAUAUCGAAGAGUUGAAAUGGCCAACGCCAAUGAAUGUGGACCUCAGAUCAACUCGUGAUCAUGCUAAAUGGGCUAUAACAGUAGAAGACGAUGCAGAAAGGUGGACUUGUUUCGGCGACAUAAACCGAUCGGAGAGUCAGUUUGCCAGGGGUGGGGGUGCACUCUGUGUCGAAGACCCGAGAAUUUGGAGGCUCUUCUACGAUUUGGUGAUUCAGGUUGAAGCUUGCCCAGUCAUCGUUCCCUGGACUAAACUUUACCCUGCCUCGCCUCUGGUUUGA